GUGGUGGGAGGCGCGCCGCGCCAUUAAAAAGGGCAAUAGUGAGAAUGGCGACAACGACGACGACAGUGACGACUAUUUGGCGGUGAUGACAAAAAAGGGCAAGGCGCUGAUGGCGGGAGAUGAUGGUGACAAUGUUGAACAUGGAUACACGAUGCUGUUGAGAGCGCUGGCAGAGCUCGAGCACAAGAUCCAACAGACAAAUGCCCAGGAGGCAGAGAUUGAUGCUCAACUCAACGACAAGCGGAAUCCUUCUGCCGAACUAGAACAAGUCUUUAGGAUUGCGGUCGCCAUGGAGGAGGAAGAAAUGAAAAAUAUCCACGGUCAACCAUUGCUGCUCGACUGGCACUGGAACGAGUACAAUGAGAACCGUCUAGUCCCUCAAGGACUCACCGUUCAAGAAAAGAUUUCGCACGUAUGUCAAUCGUGGAGAAAAGUGAGCUUGGCGAUACCGACAUUUUGGCAACGUAUCACCCUUGCGCUUUACGUUAAAGACGAGAGCGAAAUAAUCCCCAAACUCGAUUAUAAAAUCCUCUCUAGGAUGGUCGAAUGGGCCAAAAGAACCAAACGCACGCCAUUGGACAUUACCAUCUUUUCUUGGAGGACACCACUGUUGGAUGUUUGGAAGCUGUUCGAGUCCAUGGCGGCUCGC